GCACGUAGUGUGGAUCACGUGACUGUAACGGGCGGAAUUUUUAAAAAACAACCAGCCCCGCGGUAAUGGGACCAGGCUUUCGCGUCUCCGUUCACCCCCAGUUUGAAGAGAUCGUCCUCUCCGCUACCUCGGGAGCAUCCGAGUGCCUACCCGGUGUAUUUCUGCGACGAUGAGCCGGGCCGCCCAGAGGAAACAUGGCGAGCAGCAUCGGGGGGAGGAUAGAGGACUUCAGGGUCCUCAACCUCCUCGGCAAAGGCUCAUUUGCCUGUGUGUACAGGGCACAGUCCAUACAUACUGGCAUCGAAGUAGCUAUCAAAAUGAUCGACAAAAAGGCCAUGCAGAGGGUUGGCAUGGUCCAGAGAGUGCGUAAUGAGGUAGAGAUCCAAUGCCAGCUAAAGCACCCAUCUAUUUUGGAGCUUUAUAAUUAUUUUGAAGAUAGCAAUUAUGUCUAUCUUAUACUGGAGAUGUGCCACAAUGGAGAGAUGAACAGGUUUUUAAAGAAUCGGAAGAAACCCUUCACAGAAAAAGAAGCCUGGAAUUUUAUGGAGCAAAUAGUGAAAGGGAUGCUGUACCUUCAUUCUCAUGGCAUUUUACACCGAGACCUUACCCUUUCUAAUCUUCUACUCUCCAGUGACAUGAACGUCAAGAUUGCAGAUUUUGGCUUGGCAACCCAGCUCAAGCUGCCAAAUGAGAAACACUUUACGAUGUGUGGCACACCUAACUAUAUUUCCCCUGAAAUUGCUACCAGGAGCGCCCAUGGCCUGGAAUCUGAUGUCUGGUCUUUGGGCUGCAUGUUGUACACUUUCCUUGUGGGCCGCCCACCUUUUGACACGGACACAGUAAAAAACACUCUAAAUAAAAUAGUUUUGGCAGAUUAUGAAAUGCCCAGUUUUAUGUCAAGAGAGGCAAAGGACCUCAUUUUUAAGGUGUUGCGUAAAAACCCAGCAGAUAGGCUAAGUCUUUCUUCUGUGCUCGACCACCCAUUUAUGACGGGGUAUUCUUCUACCACAUGUGAUGAUAAGGCAGCAGUUGAAGAUUCCAUUGAUAGCGGCCAUGCUACAAUUUCUACAGGCUUUACUAGUUCCUCUGGGGUCAGUGUUAGUGGACGCCUACCAGAGAAGAGGAUUUUAUCUGGGCCUUCGCUCCCGAAUAAAAUGAACAUCUUCCAGUUCAAGGACCGAGAACCAAGUGAUGCUUUAACCGGAGAUGAAGGAAGCUUCCACAACCGCCAGAAAGAGGAAUAUGGUUUCUCUGAGGGAAGAGGUAGAAAAGCUGUUGUUGAAGAUAGGCCACACUCUCGCUACCUCCGCAGAGCCCACUCUUCUGAUAGAACGGGUACCUCACACAGCCAAAAUCAUAGUAAACCAGGCAGCUUCACAGAUAGGUGUCAUUCUGUGGAGAAUCUGAGCAAACCUGGUCCACUGACUAGUUACAGGACCUCUGCCUCAUCCCCUGGAAAUAGUUAUGGAGAUAUUCCUCAGAUGUUCUCAGACCACGCUAAGCAUGGUUCCUUGGACAGAUAUAUCUCACCACCAGUGAAGGAAAAUACACCUUCUGACUUCUUCUGUCCUUCAAAGCCAACUGCUACAAGGUCUGAUGAGAGGUGCCAAACUGAGACAGUGCAGCAGUGGUUUGGAGCGAUGCAACUAAAUGGCCAGAUACACAAACCUCAGGAGAUGAACGGCAACAAUAAUUCAGGUGCAAAUUAUUACUGCCAACCAGCUAUGAAACCAGAGGCUCCACAAUAUAACUGGAGUGAUGUAAAGGGGAAGAAAGUCACCGACUCUUCUUUUGAAAAUGUACAGAAAGGACUCAGAAAAGUUCCAGCUGCUGACCAGCGUAAAGCAGAAGAAAAUCGGCACCAUUUAAAAAGUAGAAUUCCCCCACAAGUUCCUUGUUACCGCAACUUGAGAAGCAUCGUUCUUCCACUAAACUCUGAGAGGCUGAAGCCCAUCAGGCAGAAAACCAAGAAUGCGGUGGUAAGCAUUCUGGACACUGGAGAAGUUUGCAUGGAGUUUGUAAAGGAGCAGAAUUCUCAAGAACGGGUUAAAGAGGUGCUGCGGAUAUCAUGCGAUGGCAAUUUAAUAUAUGUGUACCAUCCAAAUGAAGGCAAAGGGUUUCCCUUGGAUGACAGGCCUCCAUCUCCCCCAGAGACAUUGCUGAGUUACACCUUUGACAGUUUACCAGAAAAAUAUUGGAAGAAAUACCAGUACGCAUCAAAAUUCACAGAUCUUGUCAGGUCCAAAACUCCAAAAGUGACCUACUAUACUAGAUAUGCAAAAUGUAUGUUAAUGGAGAACUCUCCGAAUGCUGAUUUAGAAGUCUGCUUUCAUGAUGGAGCUAAAAUCCAUAGAACAGCAGAGCUCAUUCGGGUUAUAGAGAAAUCUGGGAAGUCCCACACGCUGAAAGACGGGAGCAGCAUAAGUGGCUUGGGCGAUGAAAUUAAAUAUUAUGUGGAUCAUGCCAAUGAGAGCCACCAGGUUUGCCUCUCCUUGGAAUCAGCGGUUACUGUUGAGGAGAAAAAAGGAGACCGCCUUUCUUUGUUCCCAGUGACAUUUGGGAGGAGACCAAUAACCACAGAUUCUCCAAAGCCCUUUACAGAGCCAACAUCUACUGGAGAGACAGGAUGCGGACGCAGGGAUCAGGGCUCUACUAACAGGGUUUUUAGCAGCUUAUCGUCUCCCAACCAGAUACCAAACGUCAAUCCUUCCAUGCUGUCAUAUGAAGGAUCUGUAUUUUCUGCUCAGACUGCUCCUUCCUCCAAUACCACUAAAACCCACACUCCAGAUCCAAGCCAGGUUGUUAAAUCUGUGUUUGUUAAAAACGUUGGCUGGGCAUCUCAGCUAAGCACAGGGGCUGUAUGGGUGCAGUUCAACGAUGGCUCUCAGCUUGUAGUUCAGCCAGGAGUUUCUACAAUUAUCUAUACGGACCCAAGUGGCCAAGUAACCAGACAUGGAGAAAAUGACAGACUUCCAGACUGCAUCAAAAGCAAACUGCAGUGCCUAUCCUCUAUCCUAAUGCUUUUUGCUAACGCUGGCCAUUCGUGAUGAAAGACUACUUGUACAUGACUGUGAAUUACCUGAGCCACCUUAACAAAACCACAUUCUUCAAGAGACUGUAUGGCUAUGUGUCUAUUUUCAAACCCCCAUAUGUCUCCAAUAAUGUCUUUUGGAUUCAGCAUUCUUAACCUGUAAAUAACAGUACAAUUUACAGCCACAUUUAUCAU